AUGGAGUACAUGGCACAAUGGCACUUCAAUUCAUUAGCAUGUCCACAACUACAGGAAUACUUUGAUGUCAACUGGCCUCGUGUUAAUCAAGAGAAGACUGUUAUUCAAUAUGAACUUCGUGAAAGACGAAUUAUGAAAGCAGUAGUUUGUGUCAUUUUCGCCUUCGUGGCAGUCACCAUUCAUGCUCAGAAUAGUGUCGCCCCCGGAAUGACGGCAUCUAGCAUUCCACUCGGCAACAACGUCAACGGCAUACCCCUCGCACCUGCACAGCAUCCGAGCCCGAUGCCAGGCGCUCUCUUGUCCCAUGCCAGUAAUGUCUUCAAUAACAACCACCCGACGGCUGCCACCAACAAUCAACACGCCAACAACGCUGCCCAGUCCCCCAUGAACUAUCUCCCUUUCAUGAUGGGGGGUGACAACGGUCGCAGGAUGGCCAUGUACAGCAUGAUGAUGAACCCAAGGCAGUCCAACAAUAUGAUGCUCCCUUUCGCCAUGAUGAACGGCGUCGACAACAUGUGGCCCAUGAUGGCUCUCAUGAACAAUCGUAACCAGAGAGGUGGAAAAGGGUUCGACCCCAUGACGAUGAUGUUGCUUGGAGGCGAGAUGAUGUAAACACGACUCUCUUAUAUUGAUUUAUCCAUUUCAUUUCAUGUCACCUAUUUAUUGAUGUAUGAACUAACUUCCCAACUAUGACCGACCGUGAAUUUAACGUCACCUUUUUAUUGAUAUAUGAACGACAACUGGCAAUGUUUUCCUUCUAGAAAUGAUGUAAUAAACAUGCUUUGGAAU